GACACGUAAUCCGAUGUCCCCGCGCCCAAAUUUAUCAGGAGCAGCUGGCCUGCUCCCAAGAAAGCUCCGCCGCCGCCGCAGCAGCCACGAGGUCACGCUUCAAGUCUGCAAAAAACAAAAACCCGCAAAAGUGUUUGAAAAGCACACUGGACCUUUUAAACAACGACAAAAUGCUGAUUGGACUCUUCCUCUUCAUCCUGGUGUCUUGCGUCAUUCCUAAGGAGAACGAUGAGAUGCUUCCGAGUUUAAAUGACAGCAAAGCUGCAGAGGCUUUCAUCCACUCCGCUGAAGUGGUGGUGAUUGGAUUCCUGGAGGGCGACGAGAGUCACGGCUACCGAGAACUUGUGUCGGCGGCGAAGCGCGUGGGUUCGGUCUCGGUGGCCAUUUGUCGUUCGAAAGAAGUGUGGGCCGACUACGGCAUUCAAUCAGACACCAUCGCUCUUUUCAGAAAGGCUGAUAACCAUCGAGAGAACCUGGUGAUUGCCGAGGCCAAGAAGAUCGAGACCGACGGUCUCGUGAACUUUAUCGUGGUGAACGAGGUCCGAUACGUGACUGAAUACAACCAAGCGACGGCCGUGGGCCUCUUCAACUCGGACGUGAAGACGCACCUCCUGCUCUUUGCCGACAAGGGCCGCGAAGAAUUUCGGGAGCUCAAGGAGCAGCUGGGGGCUUUGGCUCCGGAGUUCACUGGCAAAUUCUUGUUCGUGCUCAUCAAUGGCGCCGAAGACGCCAACGUCCGCUCCUUGGGCUACUUUGGACUCAAAUCUACGGACCUCCCGCGCGUGGGCAUCUACGAUGGCGACUCGGACAUGAAGUGGCUGCUGCCCGCUGGAGACGUUUCGACGGAGCGUGUGCGAGACUUCUGCAACUCUUUCUUGCGAGGGGAACUGAAGGAGGUGAAACAGGCCGGAGCAGAGACCAAAACAGAGCUCUAAUGCUGAUAAAAGAUGUAAUUGCGUGCUCGAGCUGUAAAGUGAAUUCAAUAAAAGCAGUCGAAGUUCUCCUGGUGAGUCCUCUCCUCUGUUGCCAGCAGCAGGGGAACCUCCAAGGCCUCCUCAGCUGCACGUCAACCCGUUGUGCGUCUUGUUUUGUUUUGUCUGUUUACGCCGCAGACGGCCCGCUUCGCUGACCGCGUGCGGGCGGCCGCAAGCUGCAAAGAGGCUGGCACGCUUCGGCAGUCUGGCCGCAAAUGUCGCAGUCGCCGCCACAACACAACCGCCUCGGCGAGAGUGACAGCCCGGCGGCCAGACACGGGGUCAAAGGUCAUCCCCCGUGUUACUUUACAAUGAAGCGAAUGCAAAGGAUCGUGUCUAUUGUGUUUAUUCGAAGUUUUGACAAAGAUGUCAAUGUUGCUCGUGGUUGAUACGGCGCAAAUCUGACUGCAAAACGAGUUUUCGCCGUUGAUAGGAUUCGGAUAGAAAACGACAUGGACGUGAUUCACUAUUAUUCUUGUUUUCUGUGAAAUUUGAAGUCAAU